AUGUACGCCGAUUUCGAUAAUGUGUUACAAUUGAAUUUCAAAAACAUAGCUGUCGAAACUCGUCGUGAUCCUAUUUUAUCCAAAUUGUUGGAAGCAAUCAAUUUUGGAACAGUACAACGUCUCACCGGUACUGAGUUCGAGCCAUUUCGGCAUCGACAUUUGGAAUUGUCGGUGGAAGCUGAUUGCAUAUUAUGGGGUUAUCGUACCGUAAUACCAACCAAAUUGCGUGAGAAAGUGUUACAAGUUCUACAUCAAUCACAUUUAGGCAUUGUGAAAACAAAAUCGCUCGCACGUUCUUAUGUGUGGUGGCCUAAAUUAGAUUUCGAUAUUGAGCAAUUGAUUAAAGGCUGUGAAUCAUGUCAUAAGGUUUUGCCAAAUCCUGAGCGUAAAGUUUUCAAAACCACUUCAUCCACAUCAGCCGUAACGAUCAAACACUUGCGUGAAACUUUUUGUCGUUUUGGAUUGGUCGAGGUGAUUGCAUCCGAUAACGGUACGCAACUCACAUCGCAAGAAUUCAAACACUUUGCUGCAAUGAAUGGCAUCAGACAAAUCUUGAUUCCACCAGGACAUCCCGCAUCCAAUGGACAAGCGGAAAAUUCUGUUAAGACGUUUAAAAAGUCGAUUUACGCGAAUUUACACGAUAAAAAACCGGAAAACUUUGAUGUAAUAAUUAAUCGAUUUUUAGCCGAUUACCGAGCAACAAAACAUUGCACGACGAAAGAAACACCAUAUAAAUUAAUGUUCAAUAGGGAAAUGCGAACAAGAUUUAAUAUUUUUAGACCACCUACAACUAAAGAAAAUAUUCUUGAAAGUCAACAAAAAGCCGUUAAAAAUUUUAAAGGUCAUCGUGAGAUUCAAUUUAAUAUCGAUGAUAUUGUCAUCAUUCGCGAUUAUUCCGAUCCUAAUAAUCCAACUUGGGAAAAAGCAAUAAUUUCUGAAAUAAUUGGCCCGCGAUCGUAUCUUUGCAAAUUUGUUCAUAGUGGUAGAGUUAUUAAACGCCACUUAGAUCAAAUAAGGGGAAUUGUUGAUAAAGAAGCUAAUGCACAAGUCAAUACUGAAAGCGAUACAAUCAGUGAGAGUGGGGCAGUUGUGCCGAAACAUGACACGGCAGCGCCGAUGGAUGCAACUGCGAUAGUGGACGAAACUCGGAAGGAUGGUGCAAUUCAACCGAAAAACGCCAAGAAACCCAAACGUACUGCACAUCGCAUGAAACUGAGAUCACGCAGCAACAACAAAUAA